UAUCAGUGUCAUAAAGGAAACGGUAGAAAUUAUUAACAAGCAAAACUGACAAGUAUAAUGUAUACGAAAUGGGGUUUAAAUAGAUCGGUGCGUGCAUUAACUUGGAAACGGUGGUGAUUCCAUGAUACGAACAGAAAGAAUGAAUAUCCCCAAACCAAAACCCCAAGCAAGCAAGAGUGGCGUCUAAGAUUAAAGAAAAUCAAAGCGCCUUCUUCCAUCCAUAUAGAAUAAUACAAGACUAUUAAACCCUUUUUCCAAAUCAAAAGUUUCAAACUCUCAUUUGAACUUGUCAAUUUUCUUCAACAGUUAAGCGGUUUCAGUUUCGGACUCUGUCAAACGCGUGUGGGACUAAACAGGUUUCAAAAUGUUAGGGGAUUUCAUUACUCGAUGUCUUAUAUUGCUUCUCGGAUAUGCAUAUCCUGGAUUUGAAUGCUACAAAACCGUUGAGAGAAACAAAGUUGAAAUGGAUGAACUUCGUUUCUGGUGUCAAUACUGGAUCAUUGUAGCUUUUUUCACAGUACUGGAAAAGUUUGCAGAUGUAGUUAUUGGAUGGUUGCCCAUGUAUGGAGAAUUGAAGCUUGCCCUGUUCAUAUACAUGUGGUAUCCCAAAACUAAGGGGACAGGAUAUGUGUAUAAUAAAGUGUUGAGACCAUAUGUAUCUAAGAAUGAAAUUGACUUUGACAAGAAGUUUCAAGAGUGGAGAGUUAGAGGAUGGGAUUUGGCAAUUUUUUACUGGCAAAAUUGCACUGAGUUGGGGCAAACUGCAUUUUUUCAAGUUAUUGAUCACUUGGCUGCUCAAUCCAAGAGAUUAUCAGGCAAAUCCUCCAAGAAGAAAAAAGAUGGGAUGAAUCCUGUUCCUAGUGCCCCACCAUUGCCUGAAAUACGAUCAGCAUUGUUUGAACUCCACCAAAAUGAUUUCGUGGGCCGAAAGAAGAAGUAAGGAACCUCCAAAGUCCAACUAAGUUGAACUAACCCACAUCAAUACAGUGAUACAGCCUAAUCUGGAAGCCUAUUAAGUCCACUUCGUGUUGAAGUGUAACAUUUUUGUACAUACUCAAAUCAAGCCCAGCAAUGGAAGAAGAAGAAAAAAAAAAAAAACAUUGACCAUUUGACCAUUGCUGAUGCUUUCUUGUAAAUAGCAACAUUAACAUUGUGUUUCUGAAGAUUGAUUGAUUUA